CUCGUUACAGCGUCAACAUGCGUCCAUUUAUUGCGCGACCAUGCCAGGCGUUGACACAGCGAAGGCACAGUCCUCUCCGCUAUGCCUGCAACACUGUCUGCUGGCGCUUUCAUUGCCGCAAUCCUGGUCUUGAUACCCUCGCCGGCGCACUGGCGUGCACGGAACGUCGCUAUCCUGUCCCUCAUUGCCUGGCUAGUUGUGGUCGACCUCAUUUAUGGCGUGAACACCAUAGUGUGGUCUGGUAACGUCGAGGUUCGUUUGGUCGUCUGGUGCGACAUUACGACAAAGAUUAUUAUUGGAGCCUCCUCUGCGCUGCCUGCGGCGGCGAUGUGCAUUUGCAAGCAUCUCGAGCUAGUCGCGUCCGGGCGGGCGGUGCGCUUGACUCGCGAGGAUCAGCGGCGGAGGAUGUGCUUCGAGUUUGCGAUGUGUUUCGGGGCACCGGUGGUGCUCAUGGCUCUGCACUAUAUCGUCCAGGGCCAUCGUUUCGACAUUGUCGAAGACAUCGGCUGCCAGGCGGCCACCUACUACUCCAUCCCAGCGGUAUUCAUCGUCUGGUUCCCACCUCUGCUCUUCGCGACGAUUACGUUUAUUUACGCGGGCCUCGCCCUUAAUCACUUUUUCAGACAACGGCUCAACUUUGCCACCCACCUCCGGAGCUGCGACUCCGCCCUCACCACCAGCCGGUACCUCCGGCUCAUCGCCAUAUCCAUCACGGAGAUGCUCUGGGGCGCGUCCCUCACCGCGCUCGCGAUGUACGACAACAUCGCGCCCGGGCUCUACCCCUACACCAGCUGGGCGUCCGUGCACUCCUCCUUCUCGCGCAUCGGGCAGUACACCCUCGUCGAGUUCUCGCCGCGCGCCCGGGGGCAGGCCUUCCUGUUCGUCUGGGCCGUCCCCGCCUCCUCCUUCAUCUUCUUCGUGUUCUUCGGCUUCGGCGAGGAGGCGGUCAAGGACUACCGCAGGGCGCUCUCUUGGGUCGCGCGCAAGGUCGUUCGGCUCCCCGCCAAACACGACAAAACCAAGCUGCCGCUGCUCCCGAUGGGCCGGCCCUCCCUGAGCACGACCAAGUUCUCGUCCUCCUUCCGGCCCUCGUCCUCGUUCGACUUCAGCGACGGCAAGGCGCUCCCCGCGUACUACGCCCCGCGCGACGCGUCCCUCGACAUCGAGGACUACGUGCGUCCCUCCCGCUCCCCGCGCUCCCCGUCGUUCCCCGCAAAGGCGGAGGUCGGCGCGUACCCCGCCCACCGCGCCUCGAUCAUGCUCAGCGACGCGGAGCUCGACGCCCUCCUCGCGCGGUGCCCGUCCAUCCGCUCCAGCGUGCCCUCGCCGGGCUCGCCUACCGAGCUCGGCCACCGCAUCGAGGUCGCCGACGCUCACCCCGCUGAGCGGCCCGUCUCCACGCACGCGGCCCACAGCUCGCCCAUCGCGGCGCCCUCGCCGGCGUACCACUACCGCUCCCCCAGCUCGCCGGGCGGCCACUCCCACCGCGCCCAGGCCUCGGCGGCGGCGCCAUGCCCCGUCAACUUGAACGUAGGGCAAGUACUACUCCUCGUCAACACCGAACGCGCCGCUUGACUUACGCUUACCAUUUGAAUGAUGACCCGGACGUUCGGGGCUCAACGGGGCUGAACGCGUUGCAGCCUUGCAGAUAUGUACCUCUAGCCACGGUGUCUACUGCUGUAUCCCUACUGGACUGGACGCGGACGACGCGGUGUCGUCCGCCGCGCUUGGUCUUUGACUCACUCGUACAAUAAGUCCCCGUCGCGUAUUUACUACUCUUGCUGCUUGAUGAAGUGCUGAUCUCUGUGUACUCAGUACUCGUUCGGAAUGACAUAAUGCCAGUACAAAGCUCGUCCU